UGUUUUGUACAAUAACGGUAACUUUAGGUUUUAAACUCGAUAUAUAAAGAACACGAAAAAAGAAAAUAUUAGUUAUUUAUUUAUUUAAGAGAUAUAUUUUUUUGGUUUUCCUGGUUAAAAAUGAGAACUCUAUCCAUAAUAUGUGUGGCUGUAACACUUCUACAGGUUCUUGAUGUAUCCAUCACUGGAAUUUCAGCAGCGCCAACUUCACCCAGAGUAGUUGCUCCAAGCAAUAAUGCGGCACCUAACCCAACGGUGAAAGUAAGAAUCGAAACUAGAGCAUUAAAAUCAGGAAUCAAAACCGCCUCUCCUAACAAUGGAGCUUCCCUUGAUCCCAAUAGCCAACCUGGAAUGGAUCCAAAUGACCAGGAUUCGUCGGAAGCUGAACCGCCAAAGACCAUCAAAGCAUCGGGUAAAAGAGUUCUUAAAACGGCUGCGUCGAUAGGCACCAAACGGGGAGCCGGUUUAUUAAACAGUAUCACUGGAGUUAUGAAAGGUACCGACGGUGCUUUCGACUUUUUUGGAAAGUUUUUAUUAGGUCAGUCAAAGAACGUGAAGGAAUUGGCAAAAAAAAGUUUUGAUAUGGUAUCGAGUUUGGGCAAUACUGCAACAAACGGAGCAAAAAAUGUAAUGAAUAGCGCCAAAACUAUUGGUGGCCAGGGUUCAAAAACAUUGUACAACACGUUACAAAAGACAACAAGGUUUGGAAAAAAAUUAACGAAACUUGGAGGAACUGUUAUGGACACACCAAUUUCUGUAGGCGAAGACCUAGUAACUACUGCCAACAGCAUUGCCAAAGUUCCAAGCAAAUUAUCGAGAAUGGGUAGUGAACGUUUGGUUAAACCAGCUUUGAGUUUUUUGGGACCAACCAGCGACGAAGAUGAAUCCGAAGAAGAAAACGGAGAAGAUGCACUCGAUGCCGAACCACCGAUAGCUCCACAAACUCCGCCUUCACCACCGAAGAAAGUAGUUAAAAAAAAACCACCAACAGCAACAACGAUUUAAUUUAAUAAGCUUAUAGAUAGAUAACAACUAUUAUAUUGUCAUAUUGAUAAUAUUUGUUAAAAUGUUAAGGAUAUGAUAAUAUUAAUAUAUAGAAGUAUAUACCUA